AUAAUGCAUCAGGAGGCUGAUUGUAUGGAUAAAAAGAGAGAGAACCAGACAAUGGUUCGGCAACGUGUACACAACACGUGUAGCCGAGCUUAUUGCCAACACUGGAUACGAGAAACAUAUUUCUUCACUUCGCUCGACAGUAUCCUCUCGAACCGAAACCCACAUCCAUUCUUCCUUCCCUCCUCUCUCAGGUAGAGAAAAUCAUGGUCAACCCUUCAAAUUCAGAUCACGGCGUCGCUCGCGUUGUCCACCACAAGGACUACUACAUACGCACGGGCGAUGUCAGCUUCUUGGUUGAGAACCAUUUAUUCCGUGUACAUAGCUAUUUCUUCGAAAGGGAAUCGAUCUUCUUCCGCCAGAUGUUGACUGGUGCAACGCCGGCAGGAGAACGGUCUGGGUCGCCCGACGGUGACGCGUACACCCUGGACGAUGUUCGAAGUGAAGAUUUCGCUCGUUUCCUCUGGGUCUUCUAUAAUCCGAAAUACUCUCUGUACCAGGCUCCCCUCGAGAACUGGUUGAGUGUUUUGCACCUUGCGAACCGAUGGGGAUUCCUUAGCGUCAAGGAUCUUACAGUACGAGAGCUCGAAAAGCUUACCAUCGAGCCCAUCGACAAGAUAUCCAUCUACCAUACUUACUCUAUCGACAAGUUAUUCCUGAUUCCUUCAUACAUAGCUGUAUGUAAGAGAGACAAGCCACUAGGAAUGGCGGAGGGAACCAAGCUCGGGUUGGAAACUGUACUUCGUUUAGCAGAGGCUCGUGAACGUGUUCGGCAGAGGGCGGUUGAGAGUGGUAUACGAAGCCCGACGUUUGCGGACGUUGAGGAAUUCGAGGUGGAGGGUUUGAUCAGAGAGGUCUUCGGUAUCCCCUCGCGUCCUACUUCACCCAUUAUCACCGGGUCACCUGUGAAAGGCUCUCACAGCAAAAACGGGUCGAUCAACGGAUACUCCUCUUUCACUGCCAGCGGCAAUGGUUUUGCUUUCUCCGCACCACCACCAGCGAACGGAUCAGCUGCUAAGCUGGUCGAAGCUGUUUCAGCAAAGCUGGGUGCGAAUGUUGAGCCCACUCCACCAGUGGCCGUAAAUACUGCGGUCAGCGAUGUCAAUACGUCCGACCUCGCCAACCAACGCCCCUCGUCUCCAGCGCCCAAGUCCGCUGUUGGAAGGGGUGGCACACCGGGAGCAAACAGGGGUGGAAGAGGCAGAGGCAACGGCAACAGUACCUGAUCAUUCCACCAUUAACACACAUGUAUCCCCUAGUCAGAGCAAGGACUGUAACGAUAACGAUGUCAAAAAGGAAACCGAGGGAGAAACAGGAAAAGAUAAAGAUAACGAAAAUGAUUCGGAUGAGUCAAAAGCCAAGGAAGCUGAACUCAUAAAUUUUAUGUCUGACAACGAAAACUCCAAACGUGGCAACGGCAACGAUAACCAAGCUGGAGGGAAAAAAGGACAAAACAAUGGGAACAACGGUGGCAACAAGAACAAGAAAAACAACAAAGGUUCGAAGCAAACACCAAAUUGAUGAUAGGCAUGAUGACUUUAGACAUGUUUCUGCAAAGGAGAAACCGAAAAUUAGAUGUGGAUGAGAGGUACAUGAGCAGAGAUGUCACUUUUUGUGAUGCUGAACCCUCGAUGUUAUCGUAGUCCUUUUUUACUCUUGCCACGUUCUGCUGUGCAUUCUGGUGUUCAUUGUUUGUUAUUUUUCCCAAUCAUAGACAAUUUCCUAUC